AAGACAGGCCGGCCCUAAACUUUGGGAGGCCCAUUGGAAGCGGCGGCCCAGAUGAGAGCAGAUCCCCUGUCACGCCGACGCCGCCGCCGCCACCGCUGUUGCCCUAACGCCGAUCUAAUGCUGGAGCUCCAUUCGCUUGUUCUUAUACUAUACAAGUACCUAUGCCGGUGAUGUAUAGCUGCUGCUGCUGGUGCUUGGAUUCGGUUGAAUUUCAUAGGUAUGGUCGGUCAGCUGGAAUAGCAGUCGGUGUGGGUAUAUAUGUAGCCUAGUUCGCAUCGGGCGGAAGCUGGGAAGGGAAGAUCUAGUUCGCAUCGGAGCCGGAAUCGAAUCCUCCCUUCUUUUCCUCUUCUCCUCUCCAUCAUCAGUAUAUAAACAAUACGCGCAGCGCUUGUCCGGUCAGGCCCGCCGCCGUUCAGAAGCUUAACAUUGGAAUUGGAUUUUAUUAACCACCAUGAAGAACAAGAAGGGUAGUCGCCGCAACCGCAAUAAAUCAGCUCCCGUAACCGUAAUGGUGGUGGAUAGGUUCACCACGCUACCUGACGAUGUUCUGCUCAACAUCCUGGACCGCCUCAACACGCCCGACGCCGUCAGGACCUGCCUCCUCUCUAAGAGGACGCUCCACCUCCCACGCAUGCUUUCGCACUUUCGAAUUGCCCUACUUUCAUUCGCGCCAGAUCCUGAUUAUAUCACUUUUAAGGACACUAUUGGGAUGAACGCCGCCGUGGCCGCUGCAACAGAUAAUGUUCUCAAUUUCAGAGCCAAAGACAUCCCUCUUCGCCAACUCAGCAUAUGUUUCUACUUGAAAUACUACGACUGUCUUACCAUCGGCAAAGCUGUUGCCCGAGCCAUGACAACCCACAAGCUUGACAGCGCUGAGUUCAGAAUUCUGACCGAUUAUAAGCUACAUUAUUACACUCUUGAUGGUCUCCGCAACAAUGGGAAACAGCUCAUGACCUUUUUUGGUGCUUGUACUGAUGCAUUUGCUGGACUUACAAGACUCUACCUACAGAACUUAAGGCUUCCUGAAACUGACAUUCUCAAUAUCAUUGCCACAUGCAAACGGUUAGAGUCUCUGCGUAUGUUCAUGUGUCAAACAGAGGGUACUGUGUUGCAGCUGCAGCUAGAACACCAGCGGCUUGUUGAGCUUGAUAUCUGCCACGGAUGUUUAAAACUAGUUAAGCUCAAUUCUCUACCAAAACUUGAACGGCUGGUCUUUUAUAGUUGGAAACAUCCCCAAGAACCCUUGUAUUUUGGCAAUGUUCCGCAGCUGUCAAGCCUAAGCCUCACUAAUGUAGGUCUGAGACGGCACAACCUUAUCAGAUUAAGUCAGUUUCUUUCUAAUGUAACCUCCAUAAGAGACCUGCACCUCAACUUUGAAAGCGAAAGGAUUUGGGUUCAGCCAGAGCGCCCGAAACUGCUGGUGCCUGUUCUCCAGAAUCUUCAAGUUUUGAAUCUGGAGGAUCUCCCUGAAGGAUGUGAUAUCACAUGGACACGCUUCUUUCUUGAAGCUGCACCCUUCCUGAAGGAGCUAUGCAUCACAGUUUGGGACCAUUGGUGUAAUAUUGUGACAGACCAGGUGGAACGGGAAGAAGAGGGUUACUGUGACAAAACAAACGUGCAGUGGGAGUCAUCUUCAUCUAAUGGUUUCAGGCAUUACAAUCUGGUUAAGCUCACCAUCUAUGGUUUCCAACCAGAUGACAACUUUUUGGGAUACAUCAGGCACAUCAUGGAAACCGCGGUUAACCUAGAGGAGAUAUCCCUGUACAACAGGAAGGUGGAAGAUUGCUGUGAAGAGUUGGAUCCCAAGAUCAAAAUUGCUCCGUCAAGGUAUCCACAGACCAUUGAGGAGCAGGAGUUGCUGAGGAAGCAAAUUACAGAGGGAUUGGUGAUGGCGUUGCCUCAUGUAAUUCACUUCCGGUCUUAAUUCCUCGGCGCAAAAAUGCAAUUAGCUGAGUAGCAAUAAUGUAUGCUGAAUGUUCUGAAUAUUUUGGUUUCUUCUUCUUUCCUUUUGUGAUGAAACACUCUAGUUUCAAACGUUUCAAGGCAUGCAUUAGAAUUCUCUUGUUUCCUGCAACUUGGUUUCAGGCCAGCAGCCUGGAUAUAUAAUGUAAGCAGUAUAUUUUGAAUGUUUUGAAUAUCCUGGUUUCUUUUUUU